AUGUGGGCGAGGCGUUUGGGCGUGCCGCACUUGUGGCCAUCGCGCGUCAAGGUUUUCUUUCUGGCCAUCCUGACGUCUGUGAUCAAUUUUAGUGUUUUCCAGUAUUUGCACAAUGCCAAUGUCGCGUACCUCAACUUGUCCUCUCCAGCUUCAGAAGAGAUUGUCUGCAAAUUGCCGCGGGAGGAGUGUGCCAGCAACCCUGACCCAGCCAGCUGCACCGUGGAUCUGGAAGACCGCCGCUUUUGGAGAGGUCUGAACUUGACCACUCCAUGUCCGAAAUUGCCAGACUCCUUGAAAGGGGAGACCUGCCGAAAUCCAUGGUUGCCACUGCGCGCGGUGUCUGGAGAUUUGGGUAGUUUGCAUACGGUGAAUGUGAGUGUGCAUCCUUUCCGGCUGUGGAGCAUACUCUUCUUGAUCCUCACAUCCUUGCUGACGUUGUCCAUCCUCAUCCAUGACCUUGCAUUGCUUGAGGAAGACCAGCGACCAUUUAUUCUGUCUAUUCCAAACAUGAAGUAUGCCACUCCCUGCUUAUGGGAUUGCUUGACAUGUGUCCGUGGCCGACUUCGGGCGCCCUACAUGUGGUCCCAGAACCGCUGCUUCCUCGCAGUGCUGGUGAUGUUAUGGUCGCUGCUUCAAGCCGUGGCCUUCAUGGCGGUCUUGUAUCCAUUUUCACUACUGGUGUGCAUUUAUGCCCCCGUGAAGAUGUCGCGAAUCAUGGUCUUUUUGUCCUCAAUCCUGUGUAUCUUGUGGUCGGUGGUCUUCAUGGUCACCACAGCCCUGGUGGACACGCAGCCGUAUGCAGUGCUUUGGGGCCUCUCAGAGUCUUCUGUCAGCUGUCUUUGCCUCUGCCAGUUCCCUUUGAGCAGGCCCGUGGUUCUGCGCGUCUUGGUCCUCGGCACCGGUGUGUGUUGGCACUCCAUCAACCUUACACUGCGUGCCCUCAAGGGGCUCCGAAGAGCACAGUGGGCCAACAUGUUCAGUGUGCUUUAUGCUGUUCCAGUCGAGGCGUUCCCUGUAGUCUGGGAGAGACCUGAGGAGGCUGGCGGCGGGCCUAUCCGUUGGAGAAAGGAUGGUGAGGCUGUGCAGUCAGAGCCCGCUUUCGAUCCCUUUUGCCUGAUGGACGAGCAACCCGAGAGUGCUUGGACCCGUGCCAUCAUUGCACCUGUGCCAGUCAAGGAUGACUCGCGUUUGACAGUUUGGGAGCCUUACUUGGGCACGCUGGAUAUGGAAAUUGGUUGGUGUGGAUUUCCGCGCCCAGUUGGUGGGGCCUGGGAAAAAGACUGCUCUGAUUACGAGAGCGACAAGCUGAAUGUCACGGACGUGGAGCCUGAACCCGCCCAGCCAGAGUUGCAGAUCAGCAUCUCCAACGGCAGCGACGGCCUCAACGGCCAACAUGGCAGCCAACAUGGAAGCCAGAAUGGCAAGCAAGGCCAAUGGUCCAGGAAGGUCAAGCCGAGACCUCCUCCGAUGCAACACUUGCAGUUGGACACCGAAGGGGGCGAGGGCAGUGAGGAUGAUCAGCUGCAGGCGCUUCGAGACAUGGAGGCACCUCAGAGCAGGACCAACUCGUCCUCGAAUAUGUACCACCGGCGCCUGUCAGAUGCACAGGGGAUCUUCCACACUGAAGACAAGCGACCGCCAACACCAGCCCGCCUGGGUUCCGCUGGAUCAUCGAGACAGCACAGUCCAACGGAUCAAGGCGCGCCAAACUGGGCCACUGCCAACAUCUUUGGGCGCAGACUUUCAACACCUGUGGGUCAAGCAGCUGAUACCAACAUUCUUGACGGCUCCAAUACGGAGGCUUCAGCUCAGGACGAUCGUCCAUUUCUGGUGUGAGGGAUCCCUUGGAGCCACCAAAGAUUUGUGAUGCUCCAAGGCCCUAGGGCAAGUCGGAGAGGCUUUUCAGAGAACGAAACUUGUUUUUUUC